AUGCCGCACGCCAUCGCCGCCGCCUUCGACGAGGCCGAGAUCGCACAGGCGAUCGGUCACAGCAUGCUGACGCAGGUGUUGCGGGACAUGCGCGGCUGGCUCGACGCCGGGCUGCAGUUCGGACGCGUCGCCAUCAACGUCUCCGCGACCGAGAUCGGCGAUCCCAAUUACGCCAGC